GGCCUCUCACCAUCCUUUCAACUCGCCCUUUCAUACACAUCCUCACCACUCCGCCUUCAGCUCUUCUCGCGCCUUUCACCCUCGCAGGGCCAACGCCAGCCACAUCACCAUGCCUGGGUUCGAUUUCUCCAAUUACAAUCGCAACGCAGCGCUUCAUGCAAAGGGAGUCCCGCUGCCCAAAGCCACAAGCACGGGUACGACGAUUGUUGGCUGCAUUUUUGAUGGAGGUGUCGUGAUUGCCGCAGACACUAGAGCUACCAGUGGUCCUAUUGUUGCAGACAAGAACUGUGAGAAACUCCACUACAUUACGCCAUCGAUAUGGUGCGCGGGAGCCGGUACCGCUGCAGAUACAGAGUUUACUACUGCUCUUAUCAGCUCUAAUCUCGAGCUUCAUGCCCUUUCGACCGGACGGAAACCGCGCGUCAUAACCUGCAUGACCAUGCUUAAGCAACACCUGUUUCGUUACCAAGGCUACGUUGGCGCAUAUCUGGUUGUUGCUGGAGUAGACCCUACUGGCGUCGGCCUUUAUACAGUUCAUGCCCAUGGCUCUACCGAUAAGCUCCCCUACGUUACGAUGGGCUCGGGAUCCUUGGCUGCGAUGUCUGUUUUUGAGACUAUGUGGACGCCUAACUUGAACAAGGACCAAGCCAUAGUGCUUGCUUCAGAGGCUAUAAAGGCAGGAAUUUUCAACGAUCUUGGCUCUGGUAGUAACGUGGAUGUUUGCGUUAUCGAGCAAGACAAACCUACUCAGUUGCUAAGAAACUAUAUCCGACCUAACGAGCGGGGCCAGAAAGAGAGAACCUACCGAUUCACGAAGGGGACUACGGCCUGGUUAGACCAGAAGAUCAUCACAAAGGAGGAGAUAGGACGAUACGUCACGGUGCACGAACUCAGCGGAGAUGCGGAUGCAGUGGUCGCGGAGAAGAUGGAUGUCGAUUCUUGAUUUGUGCCUUCCAUAGAUCCCCCUCCCUAAGGAGUAAUGAGACUUUACCGUAUGAG